AUGGCCAGCGUCGCUCGCCCUGCAUACUCUUUCUUCGAUGUUGUUCGCGAAGCGGUAGAACAUCAGGUUGCUCAAGAUGAUGCCGAGCAACCAGAGCACCCCCAAACGCCUCCCAUACCCCACACAAAUCAGACAGGCAAACAGACGAAUCGCGAUUUUGUUUAUGAGGAGCCCGAGUCAUUUGCACAGGACGAGAACGAGGACGAACCUCCUUCUCCAUUAACUUCUCGCACUGGUCACCCACCUGCCCUUACAUGGGGGUCGCCAGUGUCUGCGUACCGCCAACCACCGCCAGAUACACCUUCUGGGCGGACGGGUCCCCCCAGGUCUAUCUCAAGGAGCUAUUCAAUGUCCGCCUCAAGCGUGCGUGUCGAGUCGAGGGGGCAUUCAAAGCGGCUAUCCGAGCCACACGCUCGCGUAGAAGAUUUAGAAGGCGGGGGGCCGGACAAGAGUUCUGACUUCCCGCCUAGGACCGAAUUCCGUGGGGCGUUGGAAUAUGAGAACCCUCAGCAAAGGGAGCGCGAGCGGCUGAAGGCGGAGCGGAUGGCGAAGAGACGGAACAGCAUUGCACAAGAGCAGUGGCAGCCCAUGCGUCGACGAAUGGAUACACCACGCGUGGAAAUUCCCCAAAUGCAACUCGAUGUACAUGCAUAUGACUAUGGUGGUAUGCAGAGUCCAGCAGGAUCGCAGACCCCUCAGGCGAGUCCGGAGAGCCCGAAAGCGAGGACACGCAUACAAGCCCGGCAUUCGCUCUCAAUGUCACAGAGCCAGGAUGAGGGCGAGACCAAACUAAAUGCCGCACCGAGGUGGAACCGUAUUCGAUCUUUGAUACCUCAGAUAGUGAACCAGAGCAAGAACCCACACCCGUCGUCGUCUGCGGUCGCCCCGCAGUCUGUGAACAUUACUGACGAACUCAUGGCCGGCGGACUAUCUGCGCUUGUUUUGCGACUGUGGUUUGAGCGUGACGAGAAGGGUCACCGACGUGUUCCUGCGUUGCUUCACCGGUUACGCAUUCGCGUGAGCGACAGUUUACACCCGUUGCAUGGCCACAAAGCAGUGUUUCGAAUCGAAUGUGAAUAUGCUAAUGGGGCGGUACGAUGGGUAGUAUAUCGCCAGCUGCGCGAAUUUCUGUCGUUACAUACGCAUUAUACGUUUUCUAAUGCCUUUCAACGCCAAUUGGACACCUUACCAGAGUUCCCGCGCACCAGUCUCCCUUACUUCAAGUUCUUGAAGGAACGAGGUAAGGACGUCGGUCGCGCCGACUUCGCCCGCCUUCAGCGUGAAGCCCUUGAGAACUAUCUCAUCGGCCUGAUACGUGCUGUGAUGUGGCACCCGGCGGCCAACCGUCUCGCAGGCUUUCUUGAGAUCAGCGCCCUCAUGAUAGCUCUUGCACAAUCUGGUGGUGCCCAGUAUAAGGCAGGACUGCUGAGGAUCGAUGCCGUUGGUGGUAAGGGAACAAUUGGCCGGAAAUCGACCACUUGGACGGAGCGGAAAUCACAAAAGUGGUGCUCUGUACGUGAGAGUUAUCUCGUCGUGCACACAGAAAUGGGAGAGCUUUCGGUCUGGGAUGUCUUUCUUAUCGACUCGGAUUUCAAAAUCGAACGGCCUACCCGAUAUUAUCGGCAGGGCCUGAAUAUCUUCACUCAAUUUGAGGACGAUCAUCCCACCGAAGUCCAGAACGGCGGCGGAAAAGAGAAGCAUAAACAUCUAGUAAUUGAACCCGAGCGUCAUCCUCGGCGCGUCUCCUCCACUCUCGGCUCGUCGGCAACGAACUCAGGAUUCUCGCAUGCACCGUCGUCACCCCCAUCUUCGAGGCCACUGACGCCCAUGUUGGAUCCAUCGACGAACACAAAUCCGUUACUAGGGCCUGAUGAUCAUGAAGACCGUGGCCGUGAUGAUGCCCCAGGAAGUGAAAAAAACAAGAGGCGAUCAAAUGAAGUCUCCAAGCACACAUUCUAUGUAGAGAACUCUCAAAUGCGGCUCAAGCUCUUUGCUAGAAACGAGCGUCAGAUGCUACAGUGGAUUGCGGCACUUGAGCGAGUGGCCCGUGAAUGUCACUAUACCGGCAAAAACAGGUUCGAUAGUUUUGCUCCAAUCCGCCUGAAUGUUGCCGCACAAUGGCUCGUUGAUGGUCGGGACUACUUUUGGAAUCUUUCUCGAGCGAUUCUGCUGGCAACAGAGUGUAUAUAUAUACAUGAUUGGUGGUUGUCUCCAGAUCUUCAAAUGCGACGACCACAUAUGUUGAAAUAUCGAUUGGAUAGCCUACUGGAGCGCAAAGCGAAGGAAGGAGUCAAGAUUUAUGUGAUUGUCUAUCAAGAGGUUUCUAACAGAACCACGCCUACUGAUAGCAACUAUACCAAGCAACGCUUGACCGCUCUUCAUCCCAAUAUAAUGGUGCAACGCUCCCCAUCGCAUUUCCAGACCGGAACAUUUUAUUGGGCCCAUCAUGAGAAGAUAUGUGUCAUCGAUCAGGCAAUAGCUUUUAUGGGAGGUGUAGAUCUUUGCUUUGGGAGAUGGGAUACGCCACAACAUGUUCUUGUCGAUGAUCCUGACUCGGGUUUUGAAGACCAAAUUUGGCCUGGCAAGGAUUACAGCAAUCCUCGGAUACAGGAUUUCCAUACGCUCAACAAACCAGAUGAGGACAUGUAUGACCGAACUAAGAUUCCUAGGAUGCCUUGGCAUGACGUUGGAAUGCAAGUAGUUGGGCAGCCAGCGCGGGAUUUAGCUAGGCAUUUUGUCCAAAGGCAUGUCUAA